CAUGGUCGCAUGGAAAAGAGUGAAAUUGCAUAGAGAAAUGGCGUUCUUCAAGAACACCUGUGACACUUCGGUGUCACCAGUGCUUGCUGUGCUAGUGGUAGUCCUGUUCUUGGCGGCGCCGGCGGCGGCGGCUGCGUCGGAAGCGUCAGUGUCCGCGCAGCUCGAGGCAUUGCUGGCGUUCAAGAAGGGCGUCGCGGCGGACCCUCUCGGCGCGCUGUCUAACUGGACGGUGGGGGCAGGCGAUGUCGUGGGCGGCCUCCCGCGGCACUGCAACUGGACCGGUGUCGCGUGCGACGGAGCCGGCCACGUCACGUCCAUCCAGCUCCUGGAGACCCGGCUCCGGGGCACGCUUACGCCGUUCCUCGGCAACAUCUCGACGCUCCAAGUCCUCGACCUCACGUCGAACGGCUUCGCCGGCGCCAUCCCGCCGCAGAUCGGCCGCCUCGGCGAGCUCGAGCAGCUCGUCCUCUACGACAACAGCUUCACCGGCGGCAUCCCCCCAGAGCUCGGCGACUUGGGGAGCCUGCAACUACUGGACCUCAGCGACAACUGGCUCCACGGCGGCAUCCCGAGCCGCCUCUGCAACUGCUCGGCGAUGUGGGCGCUCGGCGUGAAGGCCAACAACCUAACCGGCGCAAUCCCUGACUGCAUUGGUGAUUUGUCCAAUCUCAAGAUUCUUGUGGCCCCCGUCAACAAUAUCGGCGGAGAGUUGCCGCCGUCCUUCGCGAAGCUCACGCAGCUGCAGACGUUGGACCUCAGCCACAACCAGUUCUCCGGCUCGAUCCCGCCGGAGAUCGGCAACUUCUUGAACCUCGAGAUUCUCCAGCUGUUUGAUAACUGGUUCUCCGGCGCGAUCCCGCCCGAGCUCGGUCGGUGCAAGAACCUGACCUUGCUCAACAUAUACAGCAACCGGUUCACCGGCGUGAUCCCAACCGAACUCGGGGAGCUCACAAACCUGCAGGCGCUGCGCUUGUACGACAACGCGCUCUCGUCGGAGAUCCCCCGCUCGCUCGGACGGUUAACGUCGCUGCUGGCGCUUGGACUAUCCAUGAACCAGCUCACCGGGUCGAUUCCGACGGAGCUCGGCGAGCUACGGUCGCUUCGGACAUUGACGCUCCACAACAACAGCCUAACCGGAACGGUGCCGGCGUCCCUGACGAAUCUUGUCAACCUGACAUACCUCACAUUCAGUUACAACUUCCUAUCUGGCCCGCUUCCGGAGGACAUUGGUUCACUCCGGAAUCUGCAACAACUAGUCAUUCAAGGCAACUCGCUCUCCGGCCCGAUUCCGGCGAGCAUUGCCAACUGCACGUUGCUGUCCAAUGCGAGCAUGGGGUUCAACGAGUUCUCCGGGCCCUUGCCUGCAGGACUUGACCGGCUACAGGGCCUCAUAUUCUUGUCGUUACCAAACAACAAGCUGUCCGGCGACAUACCGGAGGAACUGUUCGACUGCGGCAGCCUCCGGACGCUAACCCUGGCGGAGAACAACUUCACGGGCGGCCUGAGCGGCCGCGUCGGCCGGCUUGGCGAGCUCAAGUUGCUGCAGGUGCAGGGGAACGCUCUGUCGGGGACGAUACCGGAGGAGAUCGGCAACCUGACGAAGCUCAUCGGACUGAUGCUAGGGAGGAACCGCUUCGCCGGGCGCGUCCCGGCGAGCAUCUCCAACAUGUCGUCCCUCCAGGUGCUCGACCUGCUGCAGAACCGCCUUGGCGGCUCGCUGCCCGACGAGGUCUUCGAGCUGCGGCAGCUUACCAUCCUCACCGCCGCGUCAAACAGGUUCGUCGGCCCGAUCCCCGACGCCGUGUCCAACCUCCGAUCCCUCUCCCUCCUUGACCUGUCGAACAAUGCGCUGAACGGCACGGUCCCCGCUGAGCUGGGCGGCCUCGACCAGCUCCUCACGCUGGACCUCUCCCACAACCGCCUCACCGGCGCCAUCCCCGGCGCGGUGAUCGCGAACAUGAGAACCCUGCAGAUGUACCUCAACCUGUCGAACAACAUGUUCACGGGCCCAAUACCGCCGGAGAUUGGCGGCCUCACGAUGGUUCAGGCCAUCGACCUAUCCAACAACUGGCUGUUCGGAGGUGUCCCUGCGACGCUCGCCGGGUGCAAGAACCUCUACUCGCUCGACAUCUCCGCCAACAACCUCACCGGCUCCCUGCCUGCCGACCUCUUCCCUCAGCUCGACGUUCUCACAAGCCUGAACAUCUCCGGAAACGAGCUCGACGGGGAGAUCCCUUCCAACAUCGCCGCACUGAACCACAUACGGACGCUGGACAUAUCGAGGAACGCGUUCAGCGGGGCCAUACCGCAGGCGCUGGCGAACCUGACAAGCCUGAGGUCUCUCAACCUCUCUUCGAACAACCUCGAUGGACCCGUGCCGGGUGGCGGCGUGUUCAGGAACCUGAGCAUGUCGAGCCUGCAGGGCAAUGCCGGGCUCUGUGGGUGGAAGCUCCUCGCGCCCUGCCACCACGCCGGGAAACAGGGGUUCUCAAGGACAAGGCUCGUGAUCCUAGUCGUGCUGCUUGUGACGAUUUUAUUUCUGCUUGUGACGACUCUAUUCCUUGGCUACCGGCGGUACAAGAAGGGAAGCUCUGACGGCGCGGCCAGUUUUUCGGAGGCCAUGGUCGUGCCGGAGCUGAGGAAGUUCCCUUACAGUGAGCUGGAGGCCGCAACCAUCUCGUUCGACGAAGGUAAUGUCAUCGGGAGCAGCAACCUGAGCACGGUCUACAAGGGCCUGCUCGUCGAACCCGACGGCAAGGUGGUCGCCGUGAAGCGGCUCAACCUCGAACAGUUCCCGGCCAAGUCCGACAAGUGCUUCCUCACCGAGCUUGCGACACUGAGCCGCCUGAGGCACAAGAACCUGGCGCGUGUGGUCGGGUACGCGUGUGUGCCCGGCAAGAUCAAGGCUCUGGUCCUGGAGUACAUGGACAACGGCGACCUCAACGCCGCGAUACACGGCCGCGGGCGGGACGCGCCGCGCUGGUCGGUCCGAGAGCGGCUGCGCGUGUGCGUCUCGGUGGCGCACGGGCUGGUGUACCUGCACACCGGGUACGACUUCCCCAUAGUGCACUGCGACGUCAAGCCGUCGAACGUCCUGCUGGACGGCGACUGGGAGGCGCGCGUCAGCGACUUCGGCACGGCGAGGAUGCUGGGCAUCCAUCUGAUGGACGCCGCGGCGCAGUCGGCGACGUCGUCGGCGUUCCGAGGCACCGUGGGGUACAUGGCGCCAGAAUUCGCGUACAUGAGGACCGUCUCAACGAAGGCAGACGUGUUCAGCUUCGGCGUACUCAUGAUGGAGCUCUUCACCAAACGACGGCCGACCGGGACGAUCGAGGAGGACGGCGUGCCGCUGACGCUGCAGCAGUACGUCGACAACGCGCUCUCGAGGGGCCUCGAUGGGGUCCUCGACGUCCUGGACCCCGACAUGAAGGUCGCCACCGAGGCCGACCUGUCCACGGCGGCGGACGUGCUGAGCUUGGCCCUGUCGUGCGCCGCGUUCGAGCCGGUGGAGCGGCCUGACAUGAACGGCGUACUUUCAUCCUUGCUCAAGAUGAGCAAGGUCUGUGGAGAAGAUUAAAGGCCUACUGCAAAGUGCAAAUUGAAAUGUGAUCUGGAAAGGGAGGACUCUGCUGCUCUAGAUUGGGCUGUUCAUGUGUGCUAUUGUAAGGUUAAUUUGUUCAGCAGUAAAACUUUUUGGAGUUACUACGCAAAAGAGAAAAAAAUUGGAGGUCUAGACUCUAGGUUACUCCGUUGAUAUUUAUUUACCUUUAGAAUGGUGCAAUGAAAUCAGAGUCUUGCCCAUACUGCCUGGUGGUAUGGGCCUGAAGUGGUACCAAAAUUUCUGCUUUUGACUAUUAUAACUUUCAGUGCUGCAACAUACCUGCACCAGCAGAGCUGCAGAAGAAUGGAAGGUGGAUGAUUCGGUCAAGUUGUGGGGGAAAUUAAGGAUAUAUUAUUGAUCUCCUUGGAUGCAAACAAAAGUGUUGAUCACAUCAAACAUGAUAAUGUGAAUUCUCAGAAGUA